CAUAAGUCUUACUUUCGGCAAAUUCGAUAAAAAAAUAUAUACCCCUCAUUUGCGAGAAGAGCGCCUGAUAUUUGAAUGGAACAAAAAUGGAAAGUAUAAUGGAUUAUUCAUUGGAAUAAAUAACGUUACAUCUAAAUAG